AUGGAGAGCUACCUCAAGGAGAACUUCGGGGCCGUGCAGGCCAAGCACUCGUCGGACGAGGCGCUGCGACGAUGGCGCAAGGUCGUCGGCGUCGUCAAGAACCCCAAGCGCCGCUUCCGCUUCACGGCCAACCUCGACAAGCGCAACGAGGCCACCGCCAUGAAGCGAAAAAACCAUGAGAAGCUGCGUGUUGCCGUGCUUGUUUCAAAGGCUGCACUUCAGUUUAUCCACAGCCUUGCCCCAUCGAGCGAGUACAAGGUCCCUGCUGAUGUCAAGGCGGCUGGUUUUGGCAUCUGCGCCAAGGAGCUGAGCUCGAUUGUCGAGGGCCAUGACGUGAAGAAGCUGCAUUCUCACGGUGGCGUCCAGGGCCUCACGUCCAAGCUAUCGACUUCGGAGUCUGACGGCCUCGCCACGUCCGCGGACAAGCUAGCGACCCGGCGGAAUGUUUUUGGCAUCAACAAGUUCGCGGAGGCAGAGCCCCGUGGCUUCUUGGUCUUCGUCUGGGAGGCGCUGCAGGACAUGACACUCAUGAUCCUUGCCGUGUGCGCUUUUGUCUCGCUCAUCGUUGGCAUAGCCACGGAGGGAUGGCCCAAGGGCGCGCACGACGGGCUCGGCAUUGUGGCCAGCAUCCUGCUGGUCGUGUUCGUCACAGCAUCAAGCGACUACCGCCAGUCCCUGCAGUUCAAGGACCUCGACAAGGAGAAGAAGAAGAUCACGGUGCAAGUCACCCGGAGUGGGUACAGGCAGAAGCUCUCGAUAUAUGAACUUCUCGCCGGCGACAUCGUUCAUCUCUCCAUUGGUGAUCAGGUGCCGGCUGACGGGAUGUUCAUGUCAGGCUUCUCGCUUCUGAUCAACGAGUCGAGCUUGACCGGAGAGAGUGAGCCAGUUGCCGUCAAUGCUGAGAACCCAUUCCUUCUGUCAGGGACGAAGGUGCAGGACGGUUCUUGCAAGAUGCUCGUCACGACAGUCGGCAUGAGGACUCAGUGGGGGAAGCUGAUGGCCACUCUCAGCGAAGGUGGUGAUGACGAGACGCCAUUGCAGGUCAAGUUGAACGGUGUGGCCACCAUCAUUGGUAAGAUAGGACUUAUCUUUGCUGUCGUCACAUUCGCGGUGCUCACUGAAAGCCUGUUCCGGCGCAAGAUCAUUGAUGGCACAUACUUGAGCUGGACUGGAGAUGACGCAUUGGAGUUGCUUGAGUUCUUCGCCAUCGCUGUUACCAUCGUCGUUGUGGCAGUACCUGAAGGGCUACCGCUCGCCGUGACACUGAGCCUUGCAUUUGCAAUGAAAAAGAUGAUGAAUGACAAGGCACUCGUCCGGCACCUUGCAGCCUGUGAGACCAUGGGCUCAGCGACCUCCAUUUGCAGUGACAAGACCGGCACUCUCACGACAAACCACAUGACUGUUGUCAAAGCCUGCAUCUGUGGUAAGAUCAAAGAAGUGGAUGGUGCUUCAGAUGCGAAGAGCCUGUUCUCUGAACUCCCAGACUCUGUCAUGACAAUUCUCUCCCAGUCCAUAUUCAACAACACUGGGGGCGACGUUGUCUUGAACCAGGAUGGCAAACGUGAAAUACUGGGGACACCAACUGAGACAGCUAUUCUGGAGUUCGGGCUGUCACUCGGUGGAGACUUUUCGGCGGUGCGCAAAGCAAGCACCCUUGUAAAGGUGGAGCCAUUCAACUCUGCCAAGAAGAGAAUGGGAGUGGUAGUCCAGCUCCCAGAGGGUGCACUGCGAGCACAUUGCAAAGGUGCAUCAGAGAUCAUACUGGCAUCUUGCAGCAAGUACCUGAAUGAGGAAGGCAAUGUCGUCCCCCUGGAUGAAGGAACCAUUGAUCACUUGAAGGCCACAAUCGAUAGCUUCGCAAAUGGGGCACUUCGCACUCUCUGUCUUGCCUACAUGGAAGUUGAGGAUGGGUUCUCAGUCAAUGAUCAGAUCCCGACAGAUGGGUACACCUGCAUUGGCAUUGUGGGGAUCAAAGAUCCAGUCCGGCCCGGAGUGAAGGAAUCAGUUGCCAUCUGCAGGUUAGCAGGUAUUACCGUCAGGAUGGUCACAGGUGACAACAUCAACACGGCAAAGGCAAUUGCCCGGGAAUGCGGCAUUUUAACUGAAGGUGGCAUUGCCAUAGAAGGCCCAGAUUUCAGAACCAAGAGUGAAGAAGAGCUUACUCAACUGAUACCAAAGAUACAGGUGAUGGCAAGAUCUUCACCACUGGAUAAGCAUACCCUUGUCAAGCAUCUUCGAACUAAACUCGACGAAGUUGUGGCUGUGACUGGUGACGGGACAAAUGAUGCGCCUGCGCUUCAUGAGGCUGAUAUUGGGCUUGCAAUGGGCAUUGCCGGAACCGAGGUGGCCAAAGAGAGUGCUGAUGUCAUCAUUCUUGAUGACAACUUCUCCACUAUUGUUACCGUUGCAAAAUGGGGUCGAUCAGUGUACAUCAACAUUCAGAAGUUUGUGCAGUUUCAGCUCACUGUCAAUGUGGUUGCUCUGGUGGUAAACUUCUCCUCAGCUUGCCUGACAGGGAGUGCUCCUCUUACUGCUGUGCAAUUGCUCUGGGUCAACAUGAUCAUGGAUACACUGGGUGCACUGGCAUUGGCUACAGAACCCCCAAACAAUGAACUGAUGAAGAGAACACCUGUUGGAAGGAAAGGAAACUUCAUCAGUAACAUUAUGUGGAGAAACAUCCUGGGACAGGCCUUCUACCAGUUCCUUGUAAUUUGGUACCUACAGACAGAGGGGAAGUGGUUGUUUGGAAUCAAGGGCGAUAACUCCGAUCUAGUCUUGAACACACUGAUCUUCAAUUGCUUCGUAUUCUGCCAGGUAUUCAAUGAGGUGAGCUCGAGAGAGAUGGAGAGGAUAAAUGUGUUUGAAGGCAUUCUAAACAACAACGUGUUCAUUGCUGUCCUCGGCAGCACCGUCAUCUUCCAGUUCAUCAUAAUACAGUUCCUUGGCGAUUUCGCAAACACUACCCCUCUUACGCUCAACCAGUGGAUAGCAUGUAUUUUUAUCGGUUUCGUAGGCAUGCCUAUCGCAGCUAUUGUGAAGAUGAUACCAGUUGGGUCUUCGUAG